GUGUCAACUCCACUAAGUGUGGCAAGCAACCAAUGGCGUGCUACUACAUCGUCAUAAGCUCCACCCACCUGCGUGACGGACAGCUCAGGAGCAUCAAGGGAGUUUUCAGAGGACCAAUAGGAGACGGCCGCCCUAAAAAUACUGAAGAAGGCGACCACAGUUUGUACUGUGACUUGUGUGACAAACAAUAUGUGCGACACCAACAGUACGACAACCACAUCAACUCCUACGACCAUCAUCACAAGCAGCGCCUGAAGGAGCUGAAGCAGAGAGAGUUCCAGCGAGUGCUGACCUGCAGGCGACAGAGGAGGCGGAGGGAAGAGAGGAAGGAGGAGCGCUUGCUGAGGAGACUCCAUCAGCACAAUGUGGAGAGAGAGGAAAGCCAACGCGCUCUGGGUUCCGGGCCCAUGUUCCGCUCCACCACCGUGGCGGUGGACCCGGCCGGUCCGAGCAAUGGACGCCUAAUGGAGAAGUGGGCCGACAUCCACGGGAGCUGCAGCACUCUGGGGACCAAACCUCAAUCCUCGUUCCUCGUCUCUCCGAGUGGCGCACAAAGCCGACUCUUGAGCGACACGCGGUGGCCGUACGAGCGGCUGAAAGGUCAACUCAACCACAACGAACUGAACCCUUGUGACGUGGGCGGCAGAAACCCCGAUGGCAGAAAAGACGAGAAGAUUCCUCGGGCUUCCGGUUCCUCCGCCGACACCGUUACACCCAACCGCGGCGCCGGUGGGAGCAGCGCGAGCUCCGCCCCCGGCAGAGGGCGCCCUGUUUGCUUCUCGCUGCCCAAGAGGAGCUGCGUUCUUCUGCACCCGUCGGCUGCCGUCUUUGUCCAAGCUGCCAAGACCGUGCGAGAAAACGUGGCAGACGAAUGUGAUCGGGCCCUGACCAAGAAGAUCAAAGCCAAGUUCUCUUCAUGGAACGAGCCUGCGACUGGAGCCCAGGUCCAGGUGGCAGGUGGAAGUGGUUCUGGGAACGAAGGCAUUGCUGAAGACUGUGGUGUGUCUCGAAGGACCAGAACAGUGCCAGUAGCACAAGCAACAUCAGUACUACCAGUAACACCAGUACCACCAGUACUACCAGUACCACCAGUACUACCAGUAACACCAGUACCACCAGUACUACCAGUAACACCAGUACCACCAGUACUACCAGUACCACCAGUACUACCAGUAACACCAGUACUACCAGUACUACCAGUACCAACACUACCACCAGUAACACCAGUACUACCAGUACCACCAGUAUCACCAAAACUGCCAGUACUACCACUACCACCAGUAACACCAGUACAACCAAUACUACCAGUACCACCAGUACAACCAGUAUCACCAGUACCACCAGUAUCACCAGUACUUCCAGUACCACCAGUACUUCCAGUACCACCAGAAUCACCAAUAGCCCCUUCUGACCGUGUUGUUCUGAGUAGCAGACUCGAAGGUUCUGAUCCUUUGGACCUUGAUCAAAAGACACCUUAUUCCACUCCACUUGAUCUCCAACACUCACUUCCUGCUUUGAAGGAGGUCAAAGUUCAAACCGACGCGCCGACGCCAGACGAUCAAGAGAAAUCUCCUCGUUCUCCUCAAAGUCGACCCGCAGAAUCCUUCUGUCCCGUCCUGAGCCGGGACGGCUGCCGCGUCCUCUUGUGGCCCUCAGAGAUGCUGGGCUACACCAAGACGUGGCCCCCGCUCUCCCACGGCGUCAACCCGCUGCUGCACGACUUCCGAGCCCACAGCAGGACCGGAGCGGGGACGAGGCGAAGGCGGGGGGACGGCGAGCGGACCUUUGAUGAAAGACAAGACGAGGAUGAAGGACGACAGGCGGAAAAUCCUUUGGAAGUUGGAGGCGAUGACAGGGCUUUAAAAUUCUCCUGUGCGGAUCUUCACUUGACCAAAGUGGGCAAGAAGAGGAGGAGGAGGAGGAGGGGGAGGAGGAAGAGGGGACGGAGGAGAAGGGGAGACGAGGCGAAGAGAAGAAAGUGGAGGCGGGGGAGGAUGAUAAGUGGUGUGUGUGGGAAUGUGAUUGCCAAGCGUGGAAGAGACGGAACAGAGGAGAGGCCAGAAAAGAGGCCGUUAAGUCGUCUUCCUGAAAACAGGGUGAGCGGCGAGGAGGAGAGACGGAGGAGCGAGGAGGAGGAGGAGAGACAGAAGAGUGGCCAGGAGGAGGAGGAGAGACAGAAGAGUGGCCAGGAGGGGGGAGGGAGACGGAGGUGCGAGGAGAAGAGACGGAGGUACGAGGAGGAGAAACAGAUGAGUGGCCAGGAGAAAGAGAGACAGAGAAGAGGGGAGGAGGAAGAGGAGAGACAGAAGAGUGGCCAGGAGGAGGAGGAGAGACAAAUGAGUGGCCCGGAGGGGAGACGGAGAAACGAUGAGGAGGGGAGACGGAGGAACGAGGAGGAGGGGAGACAGAUGAGUGGCCAGGAGGAGGAGAGACAGAGAAAGGAGGAUGAGAGACGUAGAAGAGAGGAGGAGGCCGACGCAGCGCGGCGAUUAAGCCAUCUUCCCGUGAAUGUCUGUAAUGGCCGGAGUCAGCUGAGCGAUGUGGAGGUGAACACGGCCACCGGCCGCCAUCAAUCCCGGCAAUCAGCCUGCGGGGGUGCGGCAUGCCACGCCGCCAUCAGCCCCAGCCCCGCCUCUGCCAGACAGGCGCCACGCUGUCCCGCAAUCACGGCCGACCUCGCUCGCAACCCUGCGGCGGCCGGGCGCAGACAUCAAGAGGAAGAUGAGGAGCACGGGAUUGUGAGGGAGAUAAGUGCUGAGGAAGAACGCAAGAUGGCGAUCGGCGGCGUCUUACCCCCCCGCCGAGCCAGCGAGCGCCUAAUCCAUCCGGCCGCUUGUCUGCGUGGGAAAGCAGCGUGCGAUCCAGCGAUUAGCCUCGUCCCCCUUUCCUUCAGAGGCGCGGCGUGCGCUCAAAGACAGACCGAGGCAGCGGGGCGUCAACUCACCUGCAGUUCCACGGCGGCGCCAAACGGUCCCGCCUGCAGCUCGCCACAAAAGACGAUAAGUGAGCCGAGUGCGAGAUCAGCUCGCACAAACAUGACCCUCGCUGGGGAGGUCACGCCGCAGGAAACCGUAGGAGGCGGCAAAAGGAAGUGGAUGGCGUGCGCCGAAAAGGCGGCGUGGAAGAAAGCCAAACGAGGACGCGGACAAGCGACAUUGGACUCAACCUUUGACCCCGACCGACAUGGAGGCGCAGAGGCGGCCGAAGGCAGCAGGAAGGAGGCGGAGCCAAACCUCCUUCCACCUGACUGGACAGACCCGAGUCAGAUUGGCUCAAGUGGACUGGACCAGACCACAGGUCAUGAAAACCUUCCAAGACUCAAUGUUGCCCCGCCUCCUGAUGAGGUCACAGGUGUGCAACACCACCACGAUGCCUCGACUCAGGAUGAUGACAUCACACCCUCCAGCGACCGUGUUGGGAAUGCAGUAGACAAGAUGGCGGCGAGGAGAAGGCCCAACGAUAGGCCUCGUCUCCUCUGCGGCUUCCCCAUUGGCUGCGUCCCCCUUCAAGCUCCGCCUCUUCUCAUCCCGCCCUCCUCCUCCUCCUCCUCCUCCUUUCCCUUCCAUCACACCAUCAUCCAACACCACCUGCCCCUCCCUCUCCACUCCUACCCUCACCUGUUGGCCCUCAGCUUGAACCCCGCCCCUGUUCCGCCGCCGCUUCCUACGUCUUUCUUCGCCCCGCCCCCCAUCCGUCUCCUGGAUGUGACGGCCCCGUAUCCCCUGGCAACCGAGUUUCAUCUCCACCCGCCUGUGUUGGCGCCCCCCCACCCUGCUGCCCUGCCCCUGCAGGUGUUGUUCUAAGAGAGGUUAACGAGUCUCAGGUGUGCUCGUCAUGUUGGACUCUCAGACCGUCUCCUAUUGGUUCUUCUUCACGUUGACCAAGGUCUGGAUGAAGGUGCCGCUCCAGGGAGCCUAAAGUCCACAUGGUCUAUGAUAUUGAUCAGACUUCUGAAAC